CCCAACGGGAAGAUACCCAGUGCCGGAGCCACCGGGCGCGUAUCCUAUUCCGUUGCCCAGUGCCCAUGCUACGAACCAGCCAAUUACUCUACGUACGAGGACCAUCACCCUCGUUUUCGUGUGAUCCCCGUUCCGCAAAUUGCUUUCACUGCUCUCCCUCACUCCUCCGUGCCGUCAUCCAUGGUCCGCCAGCGCCGCGGCGGCCGUGCUGGAGCUGGUGACGAGCCCGCCAUCACCACCACCACCACCACCACAGCAGCAGCAGCAGCAGCAGCAGCAGCAGCAGAGCCUGAGCAUCACGACGCCGCCGCCGCCGCCGACAGCAGCAGCAGCAACAGCAGUAGACGACGCGACAAGGGCGUGGAGGAGGACGGUAUGCCCGACGCGGAGCUCCGCGUGGGUGGCAGCCCCCUGCGGGGGCCGUCGUGGAGCGGUCGCACGCAAUGGAUGAUGCUAGCCAUCGCGAGCGGUGCCUGCGCGGCCUUUAACGGCGUCUUCGCCAAGCUAACCACCACUGGCCUGACCUCCAGCAUCGCCAGCAGCAUCGCGUCCUCCCUGGGCCUGUCCUCUGCGGAAAACGUCGUCGAGGUCACCGUCCGUGGCAUCUUCUUCGCCCUGAACCUCACCUUCAACGGCGUUGUAAGUAGUAACACUUACCCUCCCCUCCCCACUCCACUCCGCCGGCAUCUUUCUCGUCUCGCCAUCUUCAUCCGUUGUGUCUGGUGUUGUUGGCUUGCUCGUAAAGUCAGUCAGCUGACGCAAGAGCCUUUCCUUCUGACGCAGAUGUGGACUCUCUUCACCGCCGCGCUCGCCAAGGGCACGUCCACCACGCAAGUCUCCAUCAUCAACACGUCCACCAACUUCGUCCUCACCGCGCUCCUCGGCCUCGCCAUCUUCUCCGAGGCCCUCCCGCCGCUGUGGUGGGCCGGCGCCGCCAUGCUCGUCGCCGGCAAUGUCAUCGUCGGGCGCAAGGACGAGUCCAAGUCCCGGGAGGGCCGCCACCCCCCCGGCGGCGCCGCCGACAGCGCCUACAGCGAUGGCGACGUCGACGUGGACGCUAGUGCUGUGCCGGCCGCGGGCCUUGUAGAGGCUGAGGCGCUGUUGCGAGGAGAGGAGGAGGGUGUAUCUGCUAAGGAGCCAGUAGACGAAGACAUGAUAGACCUGGGCGAUCUCUCAACCGAGGCGGACAGACGUUAGCAUAUCUAGAGCCUGGCAGGCCGUUGUAGCACGAUAUCAUAAUAUGGGUUUGGCUCCUAUGGCCAGGAGCAGUCGCGG